AUGUCAGGCGAAAUGGAAGUCGACCCUCCUCUCUCCCCAGAGCCGCAGCAGUCUGGAUCUGGGUCCGAACCACGUACUCGCGCUUCAGCAGCAGCAGUGCGCAGCAUUGAGGGAUGGAUCAUUAUUGCUACGAACAUACAUGAAGAGGCUUCAGAGGAGGAUGUUACAGAUCUAUUCGCGGAAUACGGAGAUAUCAAGAAUUUCAAUCUAAAUCUUGAUCGAAGGACAGGUUAUGUGAAGGGAUACGCGUUAAUAGAAUACCCGACCCUCCCAGAGGCAGAGGCAGCUAUCAAGGCGCUGCAUGGCGCCAAAUUGCUCGAUCAAACAAUCGAAGUUGACUUCGCUUUCGUACGGCCUCCUCCUUCGUCUAAGGGGAAGUCUGGUGGCGGCCAGAAUUCCAACCGCGGGCGUGGUGGAAACAGAGGACGAAGCCGGAGCCGUGAAAGAAGCCGCAGUCCGGAGGGGAAUAACGAUCGAUCUUAG